AUGCUUGUUGGCUCUCCCCAGAGUUCUACUAAUCCACACAAGGGGUUUACACCUGAUUGUCGAUUUCCUCAGGCCAACGUGACUGGUUCAGUAAUUGCCAGGCGUGUUCAUGAGGAACCUUCAUCUGCAGACUUUUGGUUUCAGGAAGUUGUUUGUACUUCUGAGGUCCUAGGGGUGGGGGCAAUAGGGGUAGCAGAGAUUGAUGCCAAAUCAUGCUGGGUCUCCUUACCCCUGACACUGUUAGUUUCUGUAGACAAUGAAGUUUAUUCAACCAAGCUUUUUGGAUUGGCUUUUUGUGCCAAAUACUCCCCUGAAAUUUGGGCAUUUGUUUUUCCAGUGUCCAGACCCUACAGAGCAUCCGCAACAAAAUCUAUGGCAAGAUUGAGUGUUGUGAUUCUCCGAACCAGAGCUCAUGACCAGCUGUUGGCCAGAAUCACCUCUGAUGUCACAGCAAAUGAAUCAGACUCUGAAGUCAUUCUGCAGUAUCCUGAGAAGGAAGAAGGCUGCUUGUAUGACAUAACCCUGCUAGUUGAUAAGUUCCAGAAAAGCUUCUCUUUGGAGCCAGCGGUGAAUCAGCGACUUUCCAACAGUAUUGUUACUACCACAACUCUUCAUGCCAUUCCUAAUAUCAGAGUGCCGGGUUCAGCUAUUCUUAGACUACAAGUGCUGCUUGACUCUUUAAGAUCUAGAGGCAGUUUGGUCUUGGUGGAGAGAGUUUUAUGUGAAAACGGGAGUAGAAUAAGGUUUCCAAAUACCUUGCCUGAUACUUUAUUAUUUGUUCUAUCAGGUUUUUUCUGGAAGAUCUUCAUCUUGCAACUGGUAGAGCUGGUGCUAACCUAUGACUUCACUAGAUGUAACUUCAGAAACUUUACACAGGAAUAUGACAAAGUCAUCUAUCCAGAGCUGAAGAAAUAUGUGAAUCAGUCGCAGUGCUUCAAUGAAAUCGUGCGCCAUACUUUCAAUCCGGACCCUGGGUGCGCAUCACUGGCGGAGGAAACCUUCGCAAUUUUAACGAAAACGUCCCUGACUCGGCGAUGUCCUGGCUACACAGCAAGUCAGGUAAAUAAUACCCAGACAACGACGAGAAAGAAAAGAGAAGUCAAAACAAACGGAUGUCUGGGAAAAGCUUUAUACUUAAUAGAAUUGUGGCACCGUUUCACUAGAAUUUUGCGGAAACAAAACAAAUUAUCUUUGACAGAAACAAAAUAA